AUGGCCGACGGUUUGCAAAUGGGAAACCUUUCCCUCAACGAGUCUCAGCACGCCCCCCAGGGUAACGCCCCUGGCCAGGGUCGUGCCGCCUAUAUUCCUCCUCACCUCCGCCAGCGCGGCGGUCCCGCCGCCGCCGCUGGCCCUGGCUCCGCUGCUCAGGAUCCUCUCCCCGGUGAUAACUUUAACCCUCGGAAUGGUCCCGGUGGUGGCAACUGGGCCAACGCAAAUGCUCCUAACUUCAGCCCCCGUGGCCCUUCGAACGGUAUGACCAACUGGACUCCUGGCGGAAUGACCCGGCCCUUCGAUCCCCAUGCUUACGGACACCCAGGAUCUUCUUACAGCGGUGGUGGUGGUAGUGGUGGUUCUUCUCAGCAAGCCCGUGGCUCAGGAGAUGGCCAGUGGCGCGACGGCAAGCACAUCCCUGGACCCGCCAAUGCCCGCGUGGAGCGCGAGCUGUUUGGUGUCCCCAAUGACCCCUCCAAGCAGCAGACUGGUAUCAACUUCGCCAACUACGAUGAUAUCCCCGUUGAGGCCUCCGGUAACGACGUUCCCGAGCCCGUUACUCAGUUCACCAACCCUCCUCUGGAUGACCACCUGAUCGCCAACAUCAAGCUCGCCAGCUACAUCAUCCCCACCCCUGUGCAAAAGUACUCCGUGCCUAUUGUCAUGGGUGGCCGUGAUCUGAUGGCCUGUGCCCAGACUGGUUCCGGAAAGACCGGUGGUUUCUUGUUCCCCAUCCUUUCCCAGGCCUUCCAGAACGGACCCUCUCCUACCCCUGCCCAGCCCGGUGGUGGUGGUCAGUUCUACGGCCGCCAGCGCAAGGCCUACCCCACCUCACUCAUUCUUGCCCCCACCCGUGAGCUGGUUUCUCAGAUCUUCGACGAGGCCCGCAAGUUUGCUUACCGUUCUUGGGUUCGUCCCUGUGUCGUGUACGGUGGUGCCGACAUCGGUUCUCAGCUCCGCCAGAUCGAGCGUGGUUGCGAUCUUCUCGUUGCUACCCCUGGUCGUCUUGUUGAUCUGAUCGAGCGUGGCCGUAUCUCCCUCGCUAACAUCAAGUACCUUGUUCUCGAUGAGGCUGACCGCAUGCUGGACAUGGGUUUCGAGCCCCAGAUUCGCCGCAUCGUCGAGGGUGAGGAUAUGCCUGGUGUCAAUGACCGUCAGACUCUCAUGUUCUCCGCUACUUUCCCUCGCGAUAUCCAGAUGCUUGCACGUGAUUUCCUGAAGGACUACAUCUUCCUGUCCGUCGGUCGUGUUGGAUCUACCUCUGAGAACAUCACCCAGAAGGUUGAGUACGUCGAGGAUGCUGACAAGCGCUCCGUUCUGCUUGAUAUCCUCCACACCCACGGUAGCACUGGUCUGACUCUGAUCUUCGUCGAGACCAAGCGUAUGGCCGACUCGCUCUCCGAUUUCCUCAUCAACCAGCGUUUCCCCGCCACUGCCAUUCACGGUGAUCGCACUCAGCGCGAGCGUGAGCGUGCCCUUGAGCUCUUCCGUAACGGUCGCUGCCCCAUCCUGGUUGCUACUGCCGUUGCUGCCCGUGGUCUCGAUAUCCCCAACGUGACUCACGUUAUCAACUACGAUCUGCCCACUGACAUCGAUGACUACGUUCACCGCAUUGGUCGUACCGGUCGUGCCGGUAACACCGGUAUUGCCACUGCUUUCUUCAACCGUGGCAACCGUGGUGUUGUUCGUGACCUGCUCGAGCUCCUCAAGGAGGCUCACCAGGAGGUUCCCGCAUUCCUCGAGAGCAUCGCUCGCGAGGGCAGCGGAUUCGGCGGUGGACGUGGUAGUUCCCGCGGCGGUCGUGGCCGUGGCACCACUGCUACCCGUGAUGUGCGUCGCGUCCCCGGUGGCAUGGGCAUGGGCGGUGGCUCCUUCGGCGGCAGCGGCUACGGUGCCGGUGGUGCUGCUCCUUCCUACGGUGGUGCUGGCUACGGCGGUGCGGCUGCUCCCUCUUACGGUGGUGGUGGUGGUGGUUACGGCGGCGGUGGUAGCUACGGCAACCCCUCUGGCUCAUCCGGCCCCUCGUCUUGGUGGUAA